AUUUUAAUCAUGGGUAAACUUUACUACCACUGAAUUAUCGCGAAGAUCAACUUGUUUUUACCCACAAAAACUUGCUCAUUCACUCAUUGUAUUCUCACGUCUCAAUCUCUCCUCCGUUUAAGCGUAUUCCAAAUUCACCAAUCUCCAUUGAAGGCGCUUCUGAACUAUUUCUCCUCCAUUAAAACAGCUUUGAGAGUUCAGACUUCAGUAUUGGGUAGGCAAGAGCAAGAAGCUUGCUUAGUGAAACUGUGGUGCUCGAAGGAAAAGCACUCGUGAUUGCAUUUACUUCCAUCUAUUUGCAUUUUACCAUGGGUGUGAAAUGGGUGCUUCAUUGGCACCCCAAUGCAGGGAAUACAGUGAACACUCAAAUAAUGAAUGAAAUCUCCCAGUGUGUUGAGAACUUGAAUGGUGUCAAAGAAGGGAGGUGGAAAUCUGUGCUAACCUUCUACAAGCCCAUCACUCGAGAUCAGGCGAUGGCAGCCGAAUAUCCCCGUGAUUAUCUUGGUUUCUCAAUUCCAGAUCAACCCGACAAAUAUUACUUUAUAAUUCGUGGCCAGCGGAUUGUUCUUGAAGCAGAUUUAAGUAUACAAACAAUUAUGGAUAAGUUGCAAUCAUACAAGUCAAGGGUGUCCUUGAAUUUUGAGGGAAUCCAGUACCAGCUUGGGGACUUCCAAGUGAGAGUAGGAAAGGUUGCUCCUAGUCAUUCUGAAACUAUGCGAGGAAUAGUCAUGGAGGUUGAGUAUCUUCCAAUUUCUUCUAUUGAAAAAUCCAGGCAAAUCCUUCAGGACUUUGUGGAUAUUUGGAAAGAUACAUUGUCAAAGAGGUUGUUACCAGGUCAUUUUAUUCAUAUCGAACCCAACUUUGGAGAGUAUGGCUUAACAGACCAGUAUACCGCUGAACAUACAGCAGUUCAGUAUGCCACUGUCAUGGCGCAACUGAUUGCAACUGUGCAAACAACACAAGCAAUCAGAAAUUAAAACCUUUAUUAUUCUGUACAUGUUAUAUUGUAACUAUUGUUGUAGCAGAUGUGGUUCCCCACCUUUAGAUCCAGUUUUCUGUACUCCGUAGCUCGUUGCAAUUCCUCACUUUUUAUUUUCUUACCUCAAACUUCUUGGUUUGCAUUCUGAUGAAACUAUGAAGAUAUGCAGGCCCCCGGAGUUCAGGAGGUAAACAGACAAAAAUGUGAGAAUAUGCUAUAUGAUGAUUGAAAAGGGGGUUUCUUUCUUGUGCCGAUCUCCAGAUUGUUGUCAUAUAAGUUUUUGCAUGUAUGCUAGUAAGAUAAAGUAUUUUUGUGAAUGCUAUGAAUUUCUGAUGAAAUGAUAAUAGAGCGGAGCCUUGAAAUUUUGAGCAAAAA